UAUUUAACUAAUAUCAUCAUGUAUAAAGUAAAAUUAUUCUAAACUAAUAACUAAAUGUUAAAAACAAUAAACUUUUCAAUAAUGAAUACGUUGGUGAUACUCCUUAACAUUCUGAUUGUGGUGGUGGUAAGUGGAGGACCGGCAUGGAAGGAGGUGCAGAGAGGUAGCGGACUGAAAAUUGGGCAGGGUAGCAAAAACGUGACCUCUUCAAGGGGGAACGGAAUUAAAAUCGGCAGCGGAUCAAGAGCGUCCAGAGUAACCACGACGACAAUACAGCCAGAGGAGGAUCAUAUCAACCCACCGACGGUGGCUACGUCGAAUAAUGGUUCAAAGUUCCUUAAUGUUGGGCUGGUGGUUCCAUAUAAAUCAUUUGAGGUUCGGGAAUAUUCGAAGGCGAUUGGUAAUGCUAAGAAGGCUGUGUAUAGAAAACUUAGACAGAUUAAAUAUUCCGACAUUAAUGUAUACACCGUCAUGAAAGAGUUAACUCCAAGUCCAACAGCAAUUCUGAAGUCGCUAUGCAAAGAAUUCCUGACAUACAACGUGUCAGCCAUACUCUACCUAAUGAACUAUGAACAAUAUGGCCGUAGCACCGCAUCCGCACAAUACUUCCUGCAGCUCGCAGGAUAUUUAGGGAUUCCGGUGAUAGCCUGGAACGCUGACAAUUCGGGGUUGGAGAGGCGCGCCUCCCAAUCGUCCUUGCAGCUGCAGCUGGCACCGUCGUUGGAGCACCAAACAGCUGCGAUGCUGAGCAUCCUGGAGCGUUACAAAUGGCAUCAGUUUUCAGUGGUGACCAGCUUAAUAGCCGGCCAUGACGAUUUUAUUCAAGCUGUGAGAGAGCGGGUGUCCGCCAUGCAGGAUCGAUUUAAAUUUACAAUUCUAAACGCAGUCCUUGUGGCCAACAAAGGAGACCUUGCGGCUCUUGUGGACUCCGAAGCCAGAGUAAUGCUCCUCUACUGUACUCGCGAAGAAGCAAUAGACAUCCUGACAGCAGCGAGAGAUUUACAUUUAACCGGCGAAAACUACGUUUGGGUGGUAACGCAAAGUGUUAUCGAAAACCCUCUACAGGCGCCCUACCAAUUUCCUGUAGGAAUGUUGGGAGUUCACUUUGACACGUCCAGUUCCAGUCUUGUUAAUGAAAUUAUGACCGCCAUCAAAGUCUAUGCAUACGGCGUCGAGAACUUCAUGAAUAAUUCGAAGAAUGCUGGAAAAUCGCUCAACACGCAACUCUCCUGUGAUGGUGCUGGAGCUUCUCGAUGGGAAACCGGCGAUUUAUUCUUCCGGUAUCUGAGAAACGUUAGCGUUGAAGCCGAUGCCGGUAAACCGAACCUGGAGUUUACUCAAGACGGCGUUCUUAAAGCCGCCGAGCUUAAAAUCAUGAAUCUAAGGCCCGGAAUUAGCAGACAACUAGUAUGGGAAGAGAUCGGCGUAUGGAAGUCAUGGCAGAAAGAGGGUCUCGACAUAAAGGACAUAGUGUGGCCAGGCAACAGUCACACACCGCCACAGGGUGUGCCGGAAAAGUUCCAUUUAAAAAUUACAUUUUUAGAGGAGCCGCCCUACAUUAACCUGGCUCCUCCUGACCCAGUUACCGGAAAAUGCUCCAUGGAUCGUGGCGUUCUAUGCCGGAUUGCCAGCGACUUGGACAUACAAGAGGUUGACAUGGCGGAAGCCCACCGCAACGGCAGUUACUACCAGUGUUGUUCCGGAUUCUGCAUCGAUUUGUUACAAAAGUUCUCGGAAGAGUUGGGCUUCACGUACGAGCUGGUGCGCGUGGAGGACCGCCGCUGGGGCACCAACGAGAACGGCAAAUGGAACGGCUUGAUAGCCGACCUUGUUAACCGUAAAACGGACAUGGUCAUGACGUCGCUCAUGAUUAAUGCCGAACGAGAAGCAGUGGUGGACUUUAGUGUUCCCUUUAUGGAAACUGGCAUAGCAAUAGUUGUUGCAAAACGUACUGGUAUUAUAUCUCCCACAGCCUUUUUAGAACCCUUCGAUACCGCCUCUUGGAUGUUGGUAGGAGUGGUCGCCAUUCAGGUGGCCACAUUCAUGAUCUUCUUGUUUGAAUGGUUGUCUCCAAGCGGAUUUAACAUGAAACUUGCCUUUAACGAGGGAUCUCCAUCUGCCUCUCACAGAUUUUCGUUGUUUCGUACUUAUUGGUUGGUUUGGGCAGUGUUGUUUCAAGCUGCUGUGCAUGUCGACUCCCCGAGAGGUUUUACCUCCAGAUUUAUGACCAACGUAUGGGCAAUGUUUGCUGUCGUAUUCCUUGCCAUAUAUACUGCCAAUCUAGCUGCCUUCAUGAUAACCAGAGAGGAGUUUUUUGAAUUUACCGGUUUGGAUGAUUCUCGUCUUUCCAGACCAUUUUCUCACAAGCCUACUAUUAAAUUCGGUACAAUACCAUGGUCACAUAGUGACUCAACAAUAGCAAAAUAUUUUAAAGAAAUGCACUCGUACAUGCGAACCUACAACAAAUCUACUGUUCUUGAUGGAGUCGCUCAGGUUCUCAGUGGGGAAAUGGAUGCUUUUAUUUACGAUGGAACCGUUCUUGAUUACCUAACCUCACAGGAUGAAGACUGUAGAUUAAUGACAGUUGGUUCGUGGUACGCAAUGACUGGAUAUGGAUUGGCUUUUCCCAGAAAUUCAAAAUACAUAAAAAUGUUCAACAAGAGGAUGCUUGACUUUAGGGAAAAUGGCGAUUUAGAAAGAUUAAGAAGAUAUUGGAUGACAGGCGUUUGCAAACCGGGAAAACAAGAGCACAAAACAUCGGAUCCCCUGGCACUGGAGCAGUUUUUGUCGGCGUUCCUGCUACUUAUGGCCGGGAUAUUACUUGCCGCUCUCCUCCUGUUUCUAGAAUAUUUGUACUUUAAGUAUGUAAGAAAGCAUCUCGCCAAAACUGACAGAGGAGGAUGCUGCGCUUUGAUAAGCUUGUCGAUGGGAAAGAGUCUAACAUUCAGAGGUGCUGUGUUUGAGGCACAGGAUAUCUUGAAAAAUCAUCAAUGCAGGGAUCCAAUAUGCGACACACACCUGUGGAAAGUGAAAAGGGAAUUGGACAUUUCACAACUUCGGUGCAAACAACUCGAAAAGGAACUUGAAAGCAACGGUAUCAAGCCUCCUCCACCCUGCAAGCGUGUUGUAGUUUCCGGAGAGCAAGCCAGGGCAAGACUAAGGAACCUUACUCCUUAUGAAAAAGGCAGCAACUUGGAUUUGUGCGGCCCAACAGAAAUAGCAGAGAUGGAAACGGUGCUGUGAUCCAAAAGGAAAAAUAAAGUUUACGGACAACACCAAACUUUUAAUAAUGCGUAUUAUUUUAAUGUUUAAGAUUAUUUAAUUUUCAUUAUAAAAUCACUCUACUCGCACAUAUAUUCAUGAAUAAAUGUUGGAGAGAGCUAAGCAGAAAAUAAACUCUUAUGAUGUGGUGCAUUGUUAAAUAGUUCAGUGUCGAUAUAAUUUUUAUUUACUUAUAGAUAUAAACAAAGACUCCUAUAUACGUAUAAUAUAUAAUAUACAACUAUUAACAUAAGUAUGGUAUAAAAAAAGCUGAAAGGAAAAUAAAUUUCGAUAACUUUGUGGAGAAAAUGGGUUUUAUUUUGUUUUAAUCACUGCCGUUUUAAAGUAUUCUGCCUGCUGUACUUUAAUAGAAAUACAGGGUGUUUAUUAAAUGCCAAAUAUUUUUAUAUUGAAAUGAAAGUUUUACAAAGCUGCAGAAUUUUAUUAAUUACAACGUUUUUACUUUUAUUAGUAGUUUAAUUUAACAAACAACCUGUACACAGAAAUUUUAAUUCUUCUUUCAGCUUCAAAAAUAAAUUAUUUUUAUGUAGAUAAUUAUUAACGUAAAUAAACGUUAUUUGUAAAAAGUGAAGAGUCGUUUAUAGUCAUGAAUACAUACAAGAUAAAACGUAUGUUAUUAUGUUAGGAUGUGAGGAAUAAAAUGAAAAAUUAAAGGGGCGGAGAGUAGAUAGCAAAAUAUCUGCCGACAAAUAUUAUUACUGUUAUAAUAAAAGUAAUUACUUGCAACUUCGAUACGGAUCUACAUUUUCAACAUAAAAAAUUGUGUCAUCGAAGGAGCAAACAUUAUUUUAUCAGAAUCAAUGAAAACCCUAAUAUCGAUUUUCUUAUUCCACAUCGCAUACUUUUUUAUUUUAAUUAUGAAUUGUUUACAUGAACGAUUCUUCACUGCUUUACAUGGUUGUUGCUAAAAUGUUGUUGCUGUUAUUGUUGUUGCAUACAUAAUAUAUUAUGUAUCUGAAAUAUAUAAACGGCCUCUAGAAGUAGAUAAAUACUAUAUAUAUGCAUACUAUACCAUAAUACUAUAAUUGUCUUUUCAUUUUAUGUAAACAAUUUAUCGCGUUUACAGAAUUGAAAUAAAUUAUUUAAUAUGCCGCCUACAACUUCCCGAAAAUAGAAGUGUAAUCUAAUAAUUUGUAAAAAAAAGGAAUUUAUUUUUUAUUACUUGUACCUUACGUUUGAAAUUAAUACCAAACUGUUUGAAUUAAAAUCUUUUAAUCUAAAAUAAAGAGCAUCAUAUAUUUAAAUUAAUCGCUUCAUAUAUAAAAGCUCUGAAAAUCCAUUAUGAAAAGACAGGGUAAUUUUAUAAUCUAUAAUAUAAAUAUGAGUAAGAGAUAGAUAGAAAUAAAUGUGAAGAAUAUAUUGAUGUCUAUAGUAUAGUUACAAUUAUAUUCGUGUAUUCUAAAUAUAAAGUUUAAUGGAAUUAUAACAAAAAAGAUAUUGUGCAUUAAGUUAAUAUUAAAAGCACCAUUUGAAUUUAAUUUCUAUUGGUCGUUUAUAUAUUUCACCUAAAAUUAUAUAUCCUAGUAUCUGCACAUUUUCAAAAAUAUUUUUGUAUAAAAAUAACUUCUGUUAAAAUGUACCCCUUAUUGCGAUAUGUAGCUCAAUUUUUUUACCAUUUUUGUAUGAAAUUAUUUACUAUGGAAAUUUGCGAAGCUUUAAUCUAAUAAAAAGUCCAUCCAUUUGAGUUUUAUCUUGUUUUAAGUUUUUAAAAAGUAAUAAAGCAGCAAUUUAUGUUUUUUUGUGGUGAACAAAAAUAAUAUUUGGAAAAGUUUAAAACAAGAGAAUAAGCUGAUGGAUUGAUGUUUAAUAAUGUGGUUUACUGUAUGGGUGUUUUGUUAAAAUAAAAACAUAAAAACAAAUGUAAAUAAAAUGCAAUAAACUUAUAUUUAAACAAGUCAAUAAUAUAGAUCAGUUAAUGUUAAC